AUGGGCAUCGGGGGAGAGACUUCUGCCUCUUGUAUGCUGCGGGCUACUACUGCGACCACGGGUCCUAGAGGGACACAAAUGGCGAAUGCAAAUGCCUGUCAACUUGACGCCUCCCCGUCAAAGCCUCAACCCCAGCCAAACAAUAUGCCUCCAGGCAGGACCCUGACCCGGAGAAGACGAAGAAGGAAGAAGGAAAUUAACCAGAAGAGAAGGAGAGCCUCAGCCGUUCUGUUCUGUUCUGUUCCAGACCGGGAAACCCCUCUUCGACGUCACACAUACUUCGCUCCCCCCCAGCGGCGUUUGUCGUUACCAGGUGAGGGUAGUGAGCAGCAGCAGUGUUAG